AUGAGUUUGUGGCGAAGGCAACCUCCAAAUGGGCGUGGGGGAAGUAUAUAAACAAUAACCAAGUUCACGUCAAUGGGAGUGAAACAUAGUGUGAUAUUUUUAAUCGGAAGUGUACAGGAUGAACGAUGUUUUGUGCCACUAAAUCGGAUAUCAGUAAAGAAGAGGCAGCAGAUAUGACUAAUAAUAAUAACAACAAUAACAAUAUAUGUGACAAUAAAGAAUAUAUGCCCCUGGAUGACAAAAAAGAUGUUGACGAUAAUGAGAAAUGUGGAAUUCUAACGCAGUGUAUGGUUACUUGUGCCGUAAUGUUGAGUGCAGCUGGUUGUGGUAUGCCCGUUGGAUACUCAGCAAUACUCCUUCCGCAACUUUAUCAUGAGAACGAUACCAUACAAAUUGAUGAAGAUAGAGGGUCUUGGAUAGCUAGUAUACAUUCCGCAGCCACUCCUUUGGGAUCUAUUCUUAGUGGUAUUCUCAUGGAUGCUUGUGGUCGUCGGUUUACCCUCCAAAUAGCCUCAUUUCCAUUGAUCAUAGGUUGGUUCCUCAUAGGCUUCUCUCCAAAUUAUAUGGUUCUUCUACUUGGAAGGUUUGUUGCAGGAUUAUCUACCGGACUAACUGCAGCUACUGGACAGGUUCUCGUUGGAGAAAUAACACAGCCCCAUCUUAGAGGAAUACUCUGUUCACUUCCUUUUGCCAGUUAUUCUUUCGGCAUUCUGCUGGUUUAUACUUUUGGAUACUUUCUGCCAUGGAGAUAUGUAGCUGUUUUGAGUACGAUUCUACCGAUUCUUUCACUAUUGCUCUUUUUCUUCUUACCUGAAAGUCCUAUUUGGUUGAUGCGCCAUAAUAGAUUAGAUGAAGCAAAACAAGCCCUUACCUGGCUCAGGGGAGGAAAUGUGAAUUUGGCCAAAAAAGAAGCGUCGCAAAUACUGGAAAGGAUGUAUGCAGAAGAAAAAAUAGAUUCUAAGAUGACUGUAUGGCGUACAUUACUGAAACCUGAAGUACUCAAGCCUUUGGUCAUCAUGAACAUGUUCAAUUUACUCCAGAUCCUAUCUGGAACCUACCUAGUAGUUUUCUAUGCGGUGGACAUCCUGAAACAAAUACAAUCGAUCUCCACCAAUAAAUUCUUGGCCGCCGUAUGGACCGCUGUAGCGAGAUUCAUCUUCACGAUCAUAGCUAUUAUUUUAUUGGGUCAAAUAGGGCGGAGAUCAUUAGCACUCACAUCCGGAAUUGGUACCAGUAUAGCAGCUUUGGUUUUCGCUUGCUUCGAGUACCUCAACUGUCAAGCAAGCGGUCAAUUUGCGGCUUUCUCAAUACUCAUUUAUGUGGCGGUUAACACUGUAGGCUUCAUGAUUCUGCCUGGUGUGCUUAUCGGCGAGUUGUUUCCAGCGAAAAUACGAGGAUUUGCCGGAGGUCUAUCUUUUACGAUCUUCCAUUUCGCAAUGUUCUUAUCUGCCAAAAUAUUUCCUCUAGUUAGGCAAACGAUUGGAGUGUCUGGAAUUUUCUGUAUUUUCGGAAUUUCUUCCAUCAUAGCUAGUAUAUUCUUGUACCUGAUGUUACCAGAAACUAAAGGGAAAACUUUGGGAGAAAUUGAAGACUACUUCCAGGAUAAAAACAUUUUCUGGGUAACGAGAAAAAGAAAGAUUUAUGAGGAAAGAUGACAUAGACUGAUUUUUUUUAUUAGAUUAUAGGACAUCACGAACUGUAAAUUAAGCUUUAAGAUUUUUAGGUAUUUAUUCAGGAAUUAAAAAGUUUUAAUA